UUUCCCUUCCUACUGGAAAUGACUUCUGCUCUUGAAAAGUAGUUCUGUUGUCCAAAAAAUACGACUAAAAUAUAAAAUGCGAACCUCGUCUUAUAUGUCUGAAAAUUGAUCUUGUUGGCUGGGAUGAAUGGAUGAGUUUUUGUCCUUCCCCAGAGAGGGAUGGAUUCACUUCUCAGAUAGAAGCCAAUUAAAGUGCUAAAGAUGCCACCUGUCCAUGCUCCAUUUGGAGGUUAUCCAGGAUUGUCCAGCUUGGAGGAAACUCCAGGGUUAACACCACACCUAUCCAUUCUGUACUCUGUAACACACAUUCUUGAAGCAGAUGAAAAAGGCAAGAGAUAUGCCUGCAGUUAUACUGUGAAAGUAGAUUGUCCCACCAUGUAUGCAUGACAUGGUGGUCUCAGACUCAUCCUCUCACAAGGUCAUAGUCACAAUCAUAGGCUACUCAAAAUGUUUAUGUUUAUGUAUUAUGAUUGUGAUGAUUAGUAGUUGUAGUAGUAGUAGUAGAAGAAGAAGAAGUAGGAGUUGUAUAUAACAGCAAUCUAUUGAUGGAAAAUGACAUUCGAAACAUACAAAUGCAAGCUACUAUUUGAUGCAGUAUGCAAAGGGCAGUGAAGGAGCCACAUGGGGGUUCAUUUGGUUGGUGAUAUGUUUUGUGUUGUCUGCAUGAGUAUUCAUGCAGCCCAUACAGUCUCUGUACCAUUUAAGGAAUAUAUAUUACGAAGUCACUUCAAAACAAGGGUUUUUUUUUCUUUUGCACUCAGUGGUAAUCGACGCCUUAGGUCAAACAUUUUUUAAUGCACCCCAUAUUUCCUUGCAGGUAUCAGACAUUGAAUGAACGUACUUUAAUUUCAAGUUGACUAUUUUGUCGCCUCUGCGCUUCCUCACGUCACUCUGACAACUUCUUCGGAUUUGCAUUCCGUCUAUAACGGAUAUUCUUGCGUCAUUGCGCGUGUAGGAUGCGCUUUUAUUUUGAAAAGCGCGUCCGCAGCCCUGUGACAGCGGGGUGCGUAAGAAGAAGGAUUACUGGCUGACUCGUCCUCGCCUGCAUUAACGCCGGACGAGCUGCAUCUGCGCACGCAUCAAAGGAACGUCUCUCGUCCUUUCUACUGGAUUCCGGAUCCAUUUCUUUCUUUCUUUCUUUUCUUCAGAGAGACAGGACGUACAUUUAAGCCGCGUAUUCGUUGGAUUCGCCGCAGACGGGCUGAAUCGAGAUGGUGCACAGUGGAGAGAGCCGCACAUCCUGAGGCUGCAGUGAUCGACAACAACCCGCAGCAUCAUUAACCGAGCGGAACCGGCCAGAAGAGCAGAACUCGCCCCGGUUCUGGGGAAGGGGGUUGGAGGAGAAACAGAGCGUUCGAGAGAAACUAUGGCAACACUACUGCGGAAAAUCGGUCUGAUCCGCCUGCACGAUCGAGACACCGAGGACCCCAAGCACCACCACCAGGGCUCGUUGAAGAGCACCAAGGGGAACCAGAAGAACAACAAACACUGCCAGACCGCGAACGACAGCAACAUUCUGAGCACCCCGGAGAUCAAGGCCAGGAAACUGGACCAGCUCGGCAAGGACAAGCCGUCCGGGAAGGAUAAACAAGGCAAGGAUGCGAAGGAGAAGCAGCAGACCGGCGGAGGAGGAGGAGGUGUCGGGGGGAGUAAAGCGACCUCCUCCAUCCCGCCGCUGGCGCCUCACCGGCAACACUGCACCCAAGUCCGGACGCGACGGCUGAUGAAAGAGCUGCAGGAGAUCCGAAGGCUCGGGGACAACUUCAUCACCGUGGAGCUAGUGGAGGACAACCUGUUUGACUGGAACGUCAAGCUGCACCAGGUGGACAAGGACUCGGCGCUGUGGCAGGACAUGAAGGAGACCAGCACCGAGUUCAUCCUGCUCAAUGUCACCUUUCCCGACAAUUUCCCCUUCUCGCCCCCCUUCAUGCGCGUGCUGACUCCGAGGUUGGAGAACGGCUACGUGCUGGACGGCGGAGCCAUCUGCAUGGAGCUGUUGACCCCCCGAGGAUGGUCCAGCGCUUACACAGUGGAGGCGGUCAUGAGGCAGUUCGCGGCCAGCCUCGUCAAAGGACAGGGUCGCAUUUGUCGGAAAGCAGGAAAGUCCAAGAAGGCCUUCAGUCGCAAGGAAGCCGAGGCUACGUUCAAGUCUUUGGUGAAGACCCACGAGAAAUACGGCUGGGUGUCGCCGCCCGUGUCCGACGGCUGAAUGUCGGCCAGAACACUGCUUCAGCGCUGGCCAAGCAACCCCAGCUAGCCCUACAAACAACAUGCCACACUAACUCAACGAUUCCAUGUCCACCGUUUUGCUUUUCCACUCAGACGUACGUCUGGCUGAUAAGUUUGGGACUUUCAGUGAGCAGUCACACUCACUGAUCAGACUGCUUUCUUUGGUUGUUCUGCUUCAAAAACUGGGAUGCUCUCCAAAUAGGACAGGAUAGAGAGGGAGAUAUAUAUGUGUGUGUGUGUGUGUCUAGUGUGAGCUGAGGCAUGUGCAUCACAGUUUGCCGUCCAGACAGCGCUUUGUUUUUUAGGUAUUAUUUCCUGAAUGCACAAUAUGCACGUGCAAAAGGACUUUUCCACCAAUGUGAAAGACUACUGAAUGAUGGGGGAUAAAUCAGCUCUCCUCUCUGUCCUUCCUGUUCUCCCCAUUACACCCACAUCACCCGCCGUCUCCCCCCAUGGCUGUCAGGUCAUUUACAUAUAUAUAAAGCUGUUAAUGUUUCAUACACCGACAGCAUAUCUGCGUCCCACCUUCAUUUCCUCUUUCUUUCUGACUGUGCAGACGCUCACAGUUCAAUGCAACAUGAAGAUUGUAAUUUCCAUGGAGCUGUGCUCCCUUGUAUUUUUGUCGUUCUUCAGCUCACUCCAUCACUUUGUUUUUCUUUCUUUCUCGCUGUCUCUUGUGGCUAAUUUUAGCGCUCAGUGUUGCGUAGAUGAAUAUUGAUUAUUUGGGAAGGGAAAGGGCACAUGUUGCUUAUGCAGUGAUGAUGUAUGAUAGAAUGACAGUCAGUCGCUACUCUUCUUUCUCCCUGCUCGACACGAUUGUGAGGAGAGUGUGUUGUGCGUGUGUGCACGUGUGUAUGUAUGUGUUGGAGAGAAAGAAGACCGCAAGUCACAUGAUUUUGAUACCAGAUGGUACUUCCAAAGGCCAAUAUGUGUGUGAGGAAGGGGACUGACCCUCUAAAUGUGUCCAACUGUGAAUGCUCUCAAGGUCUCAAGGGAGCGUUUAUACCACUUAUUAUUUUGCUGUUAAAACUUCACGGUUGUGACCUGAACCUAUAACUCCAAAAACCUGUAAGGAACCCAGACGUUGGUACAUUUGCACUUCUGUAACACUCAAGCGUUUCAGUGAAGGCGUCUGUGAGUGGACAUUUCUUACUACACGUGAAGCCAUGGAUGCAACACAGAUAGAAGAAGGUGAUCAACAGGAGCCGCAGUAAUAGUUGCUUUUCCACUGAAAAAAAACGCUUUCUUUUGUGAUGCAUUUCUGCUCCUAGCAAAGUGACUAAAGUAGUCUGGCUGGGACUGAUGACAGAAGACAAAUGGUCACAUUUCCUUAAGAGCGUUCCAAAUAUGUGAAGCCAGAAGCAGACCACGCCACACAAGGGACAAAAUCAAGACAUGAUUUUGUCAAAAAACAUUUGAUUCUCGUUGAUCUCAGAAAAAGUUCCACAUGCAGAUGCGACCGUGCGCUGGUUUAAGCAAUCUCUGUGACAUCCCUCAUCACUCGAACAUGGCCUUGUUCUUAUGUUCUUUAUACGUCAGUGCAAUCUCACUCCCUCACAAAUGUUAUGUGAACUCAGGCAGAUUCAACGAAAGAAUUUAGCAGAAUUAAUGUCACUGUCUGGAUUCAAACAGCAGCGAUUGCUGAGCAUUUUAGCUCUAGAGUGAAUGAUCUGAACAAACAAGACUUCUGCUAAUAACAGUUGAAGUCAAACUCCAUUGAGUGUCUUAUUUAGACAGCCUUCAGUUUCUAGUAUUUUCUCAGUAAAUAUUGGGGUGAUUGUCACAAUGCUGCUAGAUUCUGCUGCUGUAAAUACACCCAAGCAGUUGGACAACCCAUAUAAGGGUCGGAACAGGUCAUGGACACAGCAGUCGCCAGUGAAUAUCAGUCACAUAACAGUGUGAUGUACAAUUAAAGUGGAAUUAUUCUGGGCCAUGAGGCUAUGAUAGUAGACUUUAAAUUGUCACCCAUGAAGCACGCAGGACUUUAGGAGUACGAUUAAUUGGGAAAAGAAAACUUGGCAAAAAAAGUGCAUUGUACAAAUCUCACUGUGCUAACUAGGAAAUCAAACAAGUCACUUUCAGUCUUCUUUUGAUGAAAGCAUCUGGUAUGUUUCGGGUGCAUUCAUAAGAACGCCGCGCCAACAGGGAUGUUUUCAAGCCGUGUCUGGAUGCAAAGUCUUGAUACAGAGAAUGCCGGAGGGUUGCUUUGAAAGGGUGUCUGCGUCGCUGCUUGCUCAAUUGAUGUCCGCUGAAAGCGAAAGGUUGAAAGCCGGUGGAUGGAGAAGUGGGUUUGGCUGAAAGCUUUGAUCAUGUGUGGCUGACUCUUUUCCAAAUGUCAGGUUUGUGUUGAAGUGGCUGAAUAUAGAGAUUAUUUGCUUUUCCGUACAGAUGCAGUACUGGAGUGAUGGCCUUUAUAAAACCACGAAAUAAUAUUGCGAAGUCGGAAAUGGGCACCGUAGUAGUGAAUGAUUACGUGUCCGGUCCAAUUGCAGCGGACGACGGUUUGCUGUCUGCCAGUUAAAUGUCAGGAGAGAAAGCUGCUAAUUGGUCUGACAUUUCAGUGGUGCGUCAUUAGAGAGAAGCAGAACGAUUGGUGGAUGUCAAAGCUCCUGCUUCGCCCUGACCUUUCGGUCACUGUGACACUGUUGUCCAAUGAGGGUUACAGGAGGAUGUGAGCAGAAGGUCGGGUCAAGAAGCACUCAGCAGGUACCAGCAGUCUUUCCCAGAGCAGGAUGUUGGACCCACUGACACGUUGCUGCUGGCGUGCUGCGAUUUGCAACCCAAAGUUUACCAUCGAUAACAAAAGGUCUGUCUGUGUGCGUGCGUGAACAAACGUGGCCAUUUUAAAGAGUAGUCCAUCUGGUACGUGAUCAUGUGCAAAAGUGUUAGUUUGCUUUCAAUUUGGCUCCUCAUUUCAGGAUCGGUGGUGUAGUGUUUUCUCGGCUUUUCCGCCAAUCAAACUGUAAACAGAUGAUUACUGUGAAGUCAAAAAUAUCUGACUUGUGUUCGCCGCGUUCAGGCGAAUCAUUUUGUGAUCUAGUUUAGACUGGUAGUUGCAGUCACUAACUGGGUGAACUGAUUAUGUUGUAUUAUAUCUGCAUGUGACACGUGAUUGAUAGCUAGCUACUGUAUAUCUUAUUUUUAAGAAAAGCAAGAAAUGACACAAAGAAAAAAACGCAAAAUGCUUCUUUUCUUGUUUUGAUCUCCUUUUUCAAGGUUCUGUACUAUAUGUAUCUUUAUAAUUUUAUUUUUUCUGAGUGUCCGCAAAGAAAAAAAACGUCAGUGUUUUUAUGAAUGUUUGUGUUUUAAUUUAUUUGUUGUUUGCCAAAAAGAAGGUUUGAAGCAUGUUGCUGGUAUUGCCGUGAGGAAAAAAAAAUUCACAGAUGGGGGAGGUUUAUUUAUUUGAUGGGACGAAAAGCUUCAAAGCCUCAAGACACUAAUGAACUAUCUCAGCAGGAAACGAGAGCUUUAACAAUCGAAAAGUCGCUCUUCUCACCUGAAACGAGUCCCUUCAUGAUGUCACUGCUGUCCCUCCCACUGAGCCCUGAUUUGUUGAUGUAUUUUGCUGAAGGUUCAAAUGUUCACUCUGAACCAGUGUGACCUCUCGAUGCUUCAAAUCUCACUUGUUAAGGGAAUGUGCACAUCUGACCUACGAUACGCGGCUUCAUCCUACUGCUGACUUGAGUGUUUGGUCCAGACCGGGAUCUUAAAAGUUCAAAAAGGUGAAGUUUGUUGCAAGACCAAACAGGAAUGUGCAAUAAACGUUAUAGUAUACUCAAGAGUGUUUGGACUAUGUUUUUGUC